AUGACUCAUUUGCAAGCAGGUCUCUCCCCGGAGACUCUGGAGAAAGCCCGGCUGGAGCUGAACGAGAACCCCGACACCUUGCACCAGGACAUCCAGGAGGUGCGGGACAUGGUGAUCACCCGGCCGGACAUCGGCUUUCUCCGCACCGACGAUGCCUUCAUCCUGCGGUUCCUACGGGCCAGGAAGUUUCAGCACUUCGAGGCGUUUCGCCUCCUGGCCCAGUACUUUGAGUAUCGCCAGCAGAACCUGGACAUGUUCAAGAGCUUCAAGGCCACAGACCCGGGCAUCAAGCAGGCGCUGAAGGAUGGCUUCCCUGGCGGGCUGGCCAACCUGGACCACUACGGCAGGAAGAUCCUCGUCCUUUUUGCUGCCAACUGGGACCAGAGCAGGUACACACUGGUGGAUAUUUUGCGCGCCAUACUUCUUUCUUUAGAAGCCAUGAUAGAAGACCCUGAGCUUCAAGUGAAUGGAUUUGUUUUGAUUAUAGACUGGAGCAACUUCACUUUCAAGCAGGCCUCCAAGCUCACACCAAGCAUGCUUAGAUUAGCCAUAGAGGGCCUUCAGGACAGUUUUCCAGCUCGGUUUGGAGGAAUACAUUUUGUCAAUCAGCCGUGGUAUAUCCAUGCCCUCUACACGGUUAUACGGCCCUUUUUAAAGGAGAAGACACGAAAAAGGAUAUUCCUGCAUGGUAAUAACCUCAACAGCCUGCAUCAGCUAAUACACCCUGAGAUCCUGCCUUCAGAGUUUGGAGGAAUGUUGCCGCCCUACGACAUGGGGACAUGGGCAAGAACACUGCUUGACCAUGAAUAUGAUGAUGACAGCGAAUGCAAUGCGGACUCCUACAACGCUCCUGCAAAGGAUAUAGAAAAGGACCUCUCUCCCAAAUCCAUGAAAAGGUCUCAGUCAGUUGUGGAUCCUGGGGUACUGAAACGCAUGGAUAAGAAUGAGGAAGAAAACAUGCAGCCUUUGCUUUCACUUGACUAACAGUUCCUGAGAAUUGGACAUGAACUGAGGUGGAAGGCACUGCCUCUAAGCAACAAGCAAACCAUUGGGAAGGAGUGUACCAGCUGGAAUCCUAUUUACUCAUGUUAAUGUAGCAUAAUGGCAGCAGGCAGCAGGUUUUACUAUUCUGCCUGAAUUCUGGAUGCCCUGGGGUGAAAAAGAAGAGGAGAAAAAAGGAAAAUAAAAU